AUGAGAUUACCUAACAAAAAGGAUAAUUUUACAGUAGAAAGUUUGGAACAAGACUUACAUGAUCCUCAAUGUUAUCAAUUGAAUAGAUUGGAGACUAGGUCAUAUUACUUACCCAAAGAAAAAUUGAAUUUAAAUGGAGAAUGGGAUUUUAAUUAUUCUUUAAGUCCAAAAUUAUCUCCUACACCUUCCAAUUUUACAUCGGAUAAAAAAAUCAAAGUUCCAGGCCAUUGGCAAUUACAAGGGUUUGGUAGCCCAAAUUACACCAAUGUACAAUUCCCUUUCAAUGUGAAUGUCCCACACCCUCCGAGAAAUAAUCCCACCGGAUGCUACAGAAAGUUCUUUUACAUCCCUCAAUUUUGGGAAAAGAGCGAUCUUUUUCGUAUUAGACUAGAGGGUGUUGAUAACUCUUAUCAUAUUUUCUUAAAUGGUCAACUAAUAGGAUAUAAUGAAGGUAGUAGAAAUGCUGCAGAAUUUGAGAUUACUGAUUUUAUCAAAAGGGAUUCCACCAAUGAAUUAAUCAUAAGAGUUUAUCAAUGGUCAAGUUCAAGUUAUAUAGAGGAUCAGGACCAAUGGUGGUUGAGCGGAAUUUUUAGAGAUGUGUGGAUUUUAGGGUUUAACUCCAAAGGGUAUUUCAAAAACUUCCAAAUUUCAACUGACCUAGAUUAUCGUUUCAAACAUGCACAACUCAAGGUAGAUGCGGAUUUAUCGUAUGAUGAAAGUGAAGAUGUUUCAUUGUUAAUCAACUUAAAAGGAGUUUUUCAACAACAUUUCAAAAUAGAGGAUUUUAAUUUUAUAAAAUCGUUUCAUGUAACCAACCCCAAGAAGUGGACUGCAGAAACUCCCGAUUUAUAUUUCCUAGAAUUGUCCAUCGUCGACAAAUCUGGUAAUGUAAUUUCUUUUGUGGAGCAAGAGGUCGGGUUCCGCAAAGUUGAAAUUUCUGACGGUCUAAUCAAGGUCAAUGGCAAGCCCAUUUUAUUGAGAGGGGUGAAUAAACAUGAACAUCAUCCCAAAUUUGGUAGAGCUGUUCCCAAAGAUUUUCUAGAAAAAGAUCUCCAAGUAAUGAAACAACAUAACAUUAAUGCGAUAAGAACUUCUCAUUAUCCAAACCAUCCUAUUUUUUACCAAUUAGCGAAUAAAUAUGGAUUUUGGGUGUUUGACGAAGCAGACUUAGAAUGUCAUGGGUUUUAUGAUUGUAUCUAUAGACCAGAAUUUGGAUUUGACGAUUAUGAAUCACUAGGUGAUUUUUCUACUCUGGCAACUAAUAGAGAAAUAUUCGAAAGGGCCAAAUUGUUUACCUCUGAUAAUCCUGACUAUGAGCUCGCUUAUGUUGAUAGAGCCAAACAAUUGGUGAAAAGAGACAUCAAUCAACCAUGUGUUAUAGUUUGGUCUCUUGGUAAUGAAGCAUUCCUUGGUAAAAAUCAUAAAUCAAUGGCUAAUUUCAUCAAAAAUUGGGAUCCCAGUCGUCCUAUCCAUUACGAACCUGACUUGAAAUCGGAAAUUACUGAUAUGUACAGUAGAAUGUAUCCACUGUUGGAUGUAGUUUUGGAUUAUACAAAACAAACUGAAAAACCUUUGGUUUUGUGUGAAUAUGGACAUGCAAUGGGUAAUGGUCCUGGGGUUAUAAGACAAUAUCAGGAUCUUUUUUAUAAGCAUGAACAUUUACAAGGGGGCUUCAUCUGGGAGUGGAAUAAUCAUGGGCUAGAGAAGGAAAUUGAUGGUAAAAUAGUUUAUUGUUAUGGGGGAGAUUUCGAUGAACCGGUUCAUGAUGGAGUGUUUUGUAUGGAUGGGCUAGUAAAUUCCAUCCAUGAACCAACUCCAGGUCUUAUAGAGUAUAAGAAAGUCAUAGAACCAAUCGUCAUCAACUUUGUAGGUCUGAAGAUAAGAAUAAAGAAUACUCAUGAUUUUAUUGAUUUGACAAAUUUCGAAUGCAAUUAUGAAGUGAACCAGUAUGGAUUUGAGAAGCAACUUAUAGCACAAGGAAUAAUUGAUCUUCCAGAAAUAUUGCCUCAACAGGAAGAGGACAUAGAUUUACCUCUAGAUUCAUUACCUGAUCAUUAUAUAGUCAACAUUGAAUUUAGAACUUCAAAGUCCCAACCUGGUAUUCCAAAAGGUCACUUGAUCUCAUCAGAACAAUAUGUACAUGGCAAUCCAGAGUUGAAUAUUUCGUCCAAUGUCUACAAUUUGACUAAUUAUAAAUUCCACGAAUCGCCAAAAUAUUUGAAGAUCACAGACGAAGGGUCAUACCAUUUCGGGUUUAAUAAAUUUGAAGGUAAAAUUGAAUCCUGGUCAUCAAGUCAGCCAGUUAUUAGAAACCACAUAAACCAAUUGACUUUUUCCAGACCCGAAACUAAUAAUGAUGCUACAACCGAUGGUCCGUAUUGGAGACAAUUUGGUUUACAUCAAAUGGUUCAAUCUGUGAAUGAUGUAAAAAUCGAAUACGGUAAAGACUUUCUUGCUAAAAUCAUAGUCAAACUGUCAAUUGGACCCUUAGUUCUUGCCUGGAAUUUCGAAACCGUCGAAACUUAUAUGGUGUACCAUAAUAAAAUUGAAAUCAAAACAUCAUUGAAGCCUCAAGGAUAUUUCCCCAACUUCAUUCCUAAAUAUUUACCUCGUAUUGGGUAUGAAUUCGGUAUAUAUGAUGUUAAACUGGUACAGUGGUAUGGUAGAGGUCCUGGAGAAAGUUAUGCUGAUAAGAAAGAAUCUCAACGAUUGGAUAUUCACCGCGAAUUAUUUGAGAAUUUGGAUUAUGAGUAUGAUUACCCACAAGAAAAUGGUAACCAUGAAGAUACUUUCUGGAUGAAAUUAGAUGAUAACACGUUAUUUAAAUGUGUUAGUCCAUUCGGAUUUAAAUGUUCUGAUCAAUAUAAUGUUCAAGAAGCAGGUCAUCCACACGAAGUAGUUCAUGGAGAAAAGUACAUCAGGAUAGACUAUAAACAACAAGGUGUGGGUACGGAAGCUUGCGGGCCAGGAGUCUUGGACCAGUUCCGCUUUAAGAUGUUCAAGGAAAUGGAAUUCGAAUUGGAGAUAGUAAAUUUGUGA